AACAAAAUAUGUAACUGAUAUAUGUUUUAGUUUCGUAUUUAUGGCUCUCAUGGAAUAUUGCUUGGUGAACAUAGUGCUUGGUGAUUCCGACAUGCCACCAAAACAAUUAAAUAAAAAAUCGUUUAAUUUCAGCUUCAGGAGUAACUUGAAGUUAAACGACGGCCACUCGAUCCCGCCUCCCCCGCGUCCACCACCAGCAGCGACCGCGGCCGCAUUGGCCGCCACGACGGCCCUCGCACAGAGAAACCGCACCCGGGCCAUAAACAUCGAUCGGUUCUCUAGAGUGUUCUUUCCGUUGCUGUUCGCGGUGCUCAACAUGACAUACUGGGUCAUAUUCGCUCGGUUUUUAUAAAUCCAUCGCGUGGCAUGUCACCCCAUUGUCCCACACACCCGCUAACAUUAUCCAUCGUCAAAUUUACAAUACAACUUACACCUUUCGUUUAUUAUCGCUACGACGGUAUUUAUGUAUCAUAUACGUAACUAUAAGAGACAUAUUAUAGUUAAGUAUAGAAAGCCUUUAUAUAUAAUCCUUUAUUAUCUAGGCUCUCUAGUUACGUAUAUACACACAUAAAUACAGAUAAAAUACCUAUAAUAGUACACCAUGUGACCAUAACAGAUAAAACUUAAUAAUAUUAAUAAUUAACAAUGGAUGCCAUUGUAUUUUGUGCCAUAUUUAGCUUACUUGUAUAGGCGCCACCAAUAGGUACAUUCAAGUACCUAUGUAAAAUCUGUGCCAAAAUAUAAAAUAACAACAUGUGGCACCAGUGCACCACAUCUAAAUAUUAAUAAUUUUGGUAAUCUGCGCCACGAAGGAAAAGGAAAUGGCAUAUUAUGAUAUUAGGUAAUCUGCGCCACACUUUCAAUUUAAAUUGUUGGAAUAGACCUGAAAUACAUUUAUCGAGCUCACAUCAGUUAUAUAACAUAAAAUGUAAAUAAAUAUAAUAUGGAAUAUUAAUAACAUGAACAAUUAGACAAUUGGUUAUAAUGUUCCUUAUUUUUUUAUAUAUUUUAUCCUUCACUCAAAUAUUAUUAAUUUAUACACAAAAUACUUACGUGUACCUCCAAUUAAAAGUUAAUAGCUUAAAUUAU